AUGGUCUACCUGGCUCACACGGCCCACGCCCAGCUCGGCGCCCUCCCGCUGAGCUGCGUGGGCUGGACUCUCACGACCAUGGCGCUCGGACUCAUCCAGUGGAGGGUCUGGGAGGUGUCUGACCGGGAGGUCAUCAGCUCCGGCCUGGCCUGGGUGGGCCUCUGGAGGACCUGCUUCAACAGCCACACCGAUGUGUCGCCAGGGUUCAAGGUCAUGCACUGCAGGUACAUCGGCCUGACCGAGGCCUUCACACCACCGGAGAUUCGGGCGGGUCAGGUUCUCAUGGUGCUGUCCCUGCUGGCGGGCCUUUGUGGGAACGCCGGCGUGGUUUACGCCCUGAGGAACGCCUACUUCGGGAUGGGGAAGCACACGCCAUUGCGCUUGUCCUUCUUCACCGCUGGAGCUCUGUGCCUGUUGGCUGCUGUGAUGUCUCUCAUCCCUCUGGUGUGGAAUCUGACCUCAGUGGUGACCAAUCAGAACAUCAGCUUCCCCCCUGAGUUCAAAAUGCCCCAGGCGCCACAUUCCCAGUAUGUGGGGUGCGGCAUAGGGGUCGGUAUGGUUACCAGCGAGGCCUCAACGCGGGAUCCAGCCAUCUGUAAAAGGACAGGUGCACGUGGACAGGUCAUCACGUGCACAACCUGUGCCUGA